AUGUCGGACAACGAGGGAGCUAACCAGGCUAACGCAGUUGCCGGAGGAAUGGCGGCGGCUAUGCUGGGGACGCUUUUGGUAUUUGACAGUCAAGCACAGACCUGGGAGGAGUACUGUCAGGUUUUGGGACACUUCUUUGAGGCUAAUAACAUCACUGAUGCAGGAAGAAAGCGUGCAAUAUUGCUGAGCUCCGUUGGAAGCAAGACAUACAGUUUGAUGAGAAACUUAUUGAGCCCGGACAAACCUGGUGAUAAGUCAUUCACGGAGUUGACUAACCUGCUUCAGUCACAUUUCAAUCCAAAGCCCAGUGAAAUAGUCCAGAGAUUUAAAUUUAUUUCCAGGACUAGAACGGCAAACGAAACUGUGACGGAGUAUGUGGCUGUGCUGAGGGAGCUGGCUCAACAUUGCAACUACGGGGACAAGCUGAAGGAGAUGCUGCGGGAUAGGCUCGUGUGCGGCAAUGCGGAGGACCGCAUACAGAGGAGGCUGUUGGCGGAGCCCGAAUUGACAUUUGAAGAGGCCUUGAAAAUCGCGCAGGCCAUCGAAACGGCAAACAGGGAUGUGCGUGACUUGCAGCCGACGCUGGACAGUGCGGCGGGGAAAGAUGCAACACCAAUGACAGUGCAUAAAGUGGGAACGGAGAAUAAACGACAAAGUGAAUCGAUUACCAUUUGGUGUUUCUUCCAGUCCCGCUAUAUUUCAACGGAUGAUGGAAGGACUGCUGUGGCUGUGUACCUGGAGGACAUCCUGCUGACGGGCCGGAGUGACUACGAGCAUCUGGAGACGUUAAAUGAGGUUCUGAGGCGGCUACAAGAGGCAGGUUCGUUCCAGCGGCACUGGCACACGCCCCCCUGCUGCUUUGCUCAGCUUCAGCUGCUUCGCUUCAGCUUGGCUCCAGCUGCUUUGCCUCCGCUCUUUCUAACCUGCUGCUUGGCUCUGCAGCUUUGCAUCGCUGCCUCGAUUGCACUCACGCACUUUAGCAAGUGCUGCACCCCGGCUCUGGGGCGCACGCUACUUGUGGGAAUGUGCAAUAGGCAGUGGAUGUGA